AUGGAAACAAUUUAGCCGGUCCGAUGAAGUAGACCAAGAUCUAUCUUCCAAUGCGUUUUUAUCCCAAAGCCGACCAACGGCGCAUGAGCCUCUCGCACCCAGCUAUCCGCCACUCGCGCUUUGCAGUUCUCAGGGCCGCCGCCAUCAACGGCCUCCUCCUUAGCUUACUCUUUCUGUCAUUGUUUUCCUAUAUAUUCGGGUCUCUUUACCAGGAAAACGGGCAUUUUCACAACCUGAACGUGGUUUUCGUCGACUAUGAUGGUGGUGUAGUCAGUACCGCGGUCCGCCAGGCGUACCAAGAGUUGCAAGGGAAUAGCUUCCCGACCUUGAUUGAGCACUCAGCAUCCCAAUACGGCCAACCUGCCGCUCUGCAGUCUGCAGUGUGCGAUAUUGAUUACUGGGGAGCGCUAUAUGUCUCCCAGAACGCCUCCAGCCGCUUAUCCGAGGCUCUGGGCGGCGGCGAGGCUGCGUCAUUGUACAAUCGCAGCGAUGCUCUGACUUUUGUCUGGAAUGAAGCCCGAUAUUCGACGGUCAUUGAUUCCCUUGCGAAUGCUAUGAACACGUUAUCAUCCACUGCAGAGGCUGUGUACACGCGUAUUAAUGGCACGGGCUCAGUUGCGCUUCUGAACGCCAGCGAUCCCACCGCAAUUUCAAUUUUUGCCAAUCCCUGGGAGCUAGCCUCCAUCGAUAUUCAGUCAACCGUCCAGGGAUCACGUCUGAUCUAUAAUACCUUGGUUAUUAUCCUAAUUUUGAUCCAAGAAUUCUUCUUUCUGGGCACCAUCAAUGGUCUCUAUGCUCAAUUCCAACUCUUCGGGCGUAUCUCAGCAAGACGCAUAAUUGUUUUCCGCCUGCUGAUUUCGGCGUUGUACACGCUGGCUGGCUCCUUAUGCACAGCUGGAGCUAUUUGGGCAUUCCGGGCUGGGUGGCAUGUGAGCGGAAAGCAAUGGGCUUUGACAUGGCUUAUUCUGUGGCUCUUUGCUCAUCUCAAUUUUCUUACCUUGGACGUCUUCACGGUCUGGCUACCUCCUCCCUACGUCCCGAUGGCCCUUAUCUCGUGGGUGAUUCUCAAUGUCACUUCGAUCUUACUACCGUUCGAGCUAUCACCAGCGUUCUACCGUUGGGGUUAUGCCCUCCCUGCACAUGCAGUGUUUCAGGUUCUCAUCGAUAUUUGGUCUGGCGGCUGUAAUCCGCAAUUAGGGUAUGCGCUACCUGUUCUAUUUGCCUAUGAGCUAUCCAGCGGGGUUUUAAGUGGAAUUGGUGUCUAUCGACGGUCUCACUAUGCUGUCAUUGCAGUAGAGCGUGAGGAAAAGGCUUUUCAAGAGAAAAUUGCGGCAGCGCUGGAAGAUCACAUGCAGGAAGCAGCAUCAGAGCCGGAAGAAAAGACAACAGUUGGCAAUUCGCAUGAAGGUCGUGAUGAAAUUGGGGAAGAGAUCGGGCGCACAAACACUGCACAGAGAGUGCGGAGGCUUGACACCAUCUCAGGCAGAGAAGACCUCGCUGACAGAAUCUGGCGGGCGACCUCUGGGCUGAGCUCUGAGCAGACAGAUUUGAUCAGAAAGGAUACUCUUGGACCCUCAUUUGAUUUAUCCUACAAAGCGUGAGAGGUGUGCCAAUCAUGGGCUGUUUCUGAAUCGUGGAGGCGUUUUUAUUGUACCUAAUUAGCUACAUCAGAAAAUACUACUCAUGGGCAAGAUAGAAC